UCUAGUUGUAUACCCUCGUACUUCAAGCCACCUCCACAGAGGCUGCUCGCCAGCCACAGGGCAUUCUUUGUGUUUGAUUUUUAACGGUUGAUCUGUUGACUUAGGAUUGCUGCUUUUUUUUUUUGGUCUGAGUCCGAAAGAAAAAAAAAGGCUCCAUGUUUCAGCUGCCCAUCCUGAAUUUUAGCCCCCAGCAGGUAGCUGGGGUAUGUGAGACCUUAGAGGAAAGCGGAGACAUUGAACGCCUUGGUCGCUUUCUGUGGUCCUUGCCAGUGGCACCUGCAGCCUGCGAGGUAUUGAACAAAAACGAGUCCGUCCUUAGAGCGAGAGGCAUCGUGGCCUUCCACACCGGGAAUUUCAGAGACCUCUACCACAUCUUGGAAAACCACAAGUUCACCAAGGAAUCGCACGCCAAACUGCAGGCCCUCUGGCUGGAAGCACACUACCAAGAAGCGGAGAAGCUGAGAGGUCGCCCCUUAGGACCAGUGGACAAGUACCGGGUGAGAAAGAAGUUUCCUCUUCCCAGAACCAUUUGGGACGGAGAACAAAAGACACAUUGCUUCAAGGAGAGAACCAGGCACUUGCUAAGAGAAUGGUACCUCCAAGACCCGUACCCUAAUCCCAGCAAAAAAAGAGAGCUGGCCCAAGCGACCGGACUUACUCCAACACAAGUGGGAAACUGGUUCAAAAACCGCCGACAAAGGGACAGAGCAGCAGCAGCUAAAAACAGGCUGCAGCAGCAAGUCUUGUCCCAGGGGUCGGUUCGCUCCUUGACCGAGGAGGAGAGUACAGUGGACCGGCUUGGGGCCGCCUCCAGUCCCGAAGCCAGCCUUUCCAGCAAGGCAGCAGAUCCUGCCAUCUCCAUCACAUCUAGCGACAGUGAAUGUGACAUCUGAUACAACCUGCAAAAAAUAAAGCAAAAGGAAAUCCAGAAAUAACUAUAAACAGUGCCUGCAUAAACAUAAACCCAUAGCGACAUCUUCAGAUCGAGCCUUUAGCAAUGGCUGCCAAAUGCUAGGGAUUCAUCGGAAUGCACUGUCUUAAAAAAAAUGUGUUCUACGUUUUCUUUUUUUAUGUUAUUUUUUUUCCAGUGGAAGACUUUUUGGACUUUAAAAAAAAGAAGAAAACACAAACUAUAAAUCCUUUAUUAAAAGGAUCUACUGAAAACGAUGCAUCAAAGCAAGUAUGCCAAGUACAACAUUUUGACCGCCUGCCCUUUUCUCUUCUGUGGGUAUUUCAUGUUGAAAAAGAAAAGCCGCUGUUAGAUUUUUACUUUACUUUUAAAGUGAUAUCAAUAAUGUUUAUUAAUUAUUUAAAGGAUUGGCUGUGUUAGAAUUUGGUUUUAUUUUGCUUGAUGUUUUUGUGUGUGUGUGAAUUGUAGAGCAUGUGCGCUGAGUAGUGGACCAUAUGCUGUUUUAAAAAAAAAGAAAUGAAUAAAUAUUUGGUGAUCAAACAGAUUCAAAUUGAUAUGCUUUUUGUUUUAUAGUUUAAAAUGCGUUGGGUGUCUUCUGGUUUACCAGCGUGCGGUGUUGCAUUGUGCCUUCGCGUUUUAUUAUUAUAUAUUAUGAAUUCCUUGUUUAUUGGUUAUUUUAGGCAGCAUUGGGAAGUAGAUAAAGAAAAAAAAACAGUUAAAAACAAAUGUUUUAAUGAGGUUUUAAUAUCCCAGUUUUUGUUAAGCUCCUGUGUAGACUUAUGUAAAGGCCAAUACAAAACGACAUUGACCUGCAUUCAUUUGUUGUUGUUGGGCCAAUGAGAACAAUGGUUGUAUUGCUUUUAAUACAUGUGUUAGUGUGUUCGACUAAGGACAGCACGGGUUUGCAACAAAUCUCUGACUCAGAACACAAUUUGUUUUACUUUUAACAAAAACGUGCCAGCCAUCGACAUAAAUGUUAUUUAUUUAUUUAUUUUAAAUACAAAUCGUCUUGUCCUUAUGGGACUGCUCUGUUUUAAGAGUGUGGACGUUUAAACCAACAAAUUGUCGGGGUUAUUUAUCAACUGAAUUGUGUGGACCACUGUUAGGAACUUUAUUUUUGACGUGUCACGAUUGUAUAGCUAAUUUCUAUGAAUGGUAAAUUACACUUUACCUGCAAGAACUAUAUAGCUUAGUAAGCCAUGAAGUGAAAUGUGGCUGUAUCUUAAAAUAAGGUUAU